CAGCCGAGCACAACCCGGAAGUGAGACCGGGGCGAUGCACAGCUAGUUUGCGCUUCGGACGGCGGCUCGCACACGCUCACACGAGCCCGUCACUGGUUACUUCAACGCCCGGUGACCAGUGUAACUAGUUCCACUGGGGGGGUCGCCAUGUCUGUGUUGUGUUAUAAUAAGGGAUGCGGACAGAGGUUUGACCCAGAGAACAACCCGGAGGAUGGCUGCACCUAUCACCCGGGAGUCCCUGUGUUCCAUGAUGCAUUGAAGGGAUGGUCGUGCUGCAAGAGAAGAACCACGGACUUCUCUGACUUCCUCAGCAUUGUUGGCUGCACCAAAGGUCCCCAUAACAAAGAGAAGCCUCCUGAGCCGGUGAAACCAGAUGUGACGUCAUCGGGAGAAGGGAAAGAAACAGACGACCAAAAAACAAAGUUUAACGAGUACAUCAUUUCCGCACCAAUACCUCAGGAGGCGAUUCGCAGACCGAGUGGUGACGAGCCGUUGGUGAGAUUGCAGCAUAAAGUCUCUACUUCUCUGAAGCAGGCGCUGGAGAAACUGAAGCUGACUGAAAACACAGCAGAGGAGAAAGAGGAAGACAGCGACGAGAUCAAGAUCGGAACGUGUUGUAAAAAUGGAGGCUGUACCAAAAGUUUUGAAGGACCUGCGAGUGAUUCCGACGCAUGUUUCUUCCACUCUGGAUUUCCUAUCUUCCAUGAAGGGAUGAAAUACUGGAGCUGCUGCAAGAGGAAAACCUCUGACUUCAACACCUUCCUCUCUCAGGAGGGCUGCACCAAGGGAACGCAUCUAUGGAGGAAAAAAGACGAGGGUAAGAAAGUAGUUCCGUGUCGGUUUGACUGGCACCAGACUGGGACGCAGGUCAUCGUCUCCAUCUACGCUAAGAACGCCGUCCCAGAGCUGAGCUACGUGGAUGCAAACAGCAUCACGCUCGACAUACAUGUUAUAUUUGAAGGGGAAAAGGAAUUUGCGCAGAAAUUCAGCUUGUGGGGGGUGAUAGAUGUGAGUAAAACUACAGUGAACAUGAUGGCGGCCAAGAUCGAGAUAGCCAUGAGGAAGUCCGAGGCCAUGUCAUGGGCUCGUCUGGACCUCCCUCCCCCCGUCCCGCCACCCAAGGUGGAAGAGAAGACAGAAGAGGACAGUGAAGACGAAGACGAAGACGAAUGAUGAGGACUUACAACUCACACAGUCCUUUCUUUACCUCUUUAUAGAGUCGCCUCUUUCGCUGACGUGGGAUUUCGGUCUCCCCUCAACAUUUACAGCUAAUAACGCUCAGACGCCACCUUCCUUGAUUUUGCCAGUUUUUCUCAAUUUUUGUCUUUAUUUUUUUUGACGUCAUUACGUUUAUUCUAAAGAUCUACAAGUAUUUUUACAGCCUUUUCUUUUCACUUAAGGACUGCAUGAUUAGAGGGGGUCGCUCUGACUUUUAAUAGAUCUACAAUCAGACAAUGACUCACUUGAUUACUGCACUGAUCAACACAAAGAGUCCGGUGUGACCAUGUUUCCAUUUCAUACCCAUAAAGCCCUUUCCUGUGUCUCGUCACAUGGACCGAUGACAUCACGUUAUCCCAAAGGAUCCCACUUGUGACUUUCUUCUCUUCCAACAACCUUGAGAAGAAGAGGAUUCCAUCUGUACGUUGUCAUGUGUUUCAUUCCUUUCUUUGGUUUCAUUACUUGUGUAAAAUGGUGCGUUGUUUGGUCCACCAGAAUCACAUCAGACUAAAUGCUGUCUUCUUAGAUAUUUAUCUGUGUGUGAUGAUGAAGCUGCUCCAUGUCGUCCGAGUAGGAAAGUCUCCAUCUCUAAAAUGUGCCCUCUUGUGUAAUAUGGAGUUUAUUCUGAAUAAAUGAACAUAGAAAUAAGAUGAUCCACCUUUUUCACAUGUAGAUUUGCUUUUAACAUGAUUAAAUCUAAUGUACAUUUUGUACAAAAUUUCCUUUCAAAUGGUCGCUGCUAGAUUUUUCCUAAUUUUCUGGUCAAACCAACAUGGCACCGUUUUGAGAAUGUACUGUAAUAUCGGAGAAUGCCGACUGAAUACAAAGUAUUUAGAAGCAAAGUACUGUGUUAUUUAAAAGAAGUAAUGCUCUGCUAUAGACAGCAUGUGUCAAGGCUCGGAAUGUAUGAAAUAAAUUUGGCUGAAUGAGACCACGAAGUGAGGGUGAAGUUAUUGAGGAACCCAUUUGUCUUACCAAAAAUAAACUUCAGAGUGGAACUUUUAAACUUGGGGUGAUGUAUGUAUGUGUGUGAUGGCCUGAAUCUGAGUAUUUCUUGUACUGUAUAAACUGAGAACUACAAGCUUUGUUCGAGUUGUAUUAACGACCGACUCUUUCAAACUGUUGGGACCUGGUGAAAUGAAACACUUUUUUUGCAUUAACGUAGACGUGACCUUUCCAGUGAAGGUUUUGAACCAAAACUUCUGGGACUGUAAUGACUUUUACAAAUGUCAGGGCUUCUUUUUUUUUUAACUAAUACAUGAUUUUAAGGUAAAAUAGUGAAGUACUGUACAUCCUGACGCUGUGGGUUUGUCUCACACUUUGACAUCUUAAUAGACAAUAUCAACUGUUUGCUUUUUCCAAAAGAAUAUCUCAACAAGAAAGAGGAAUCUGUUUAAGUGUUAUUCAAAAUGUGGUUAAAUCAACAGCCACAUAAAUAUAAUAUACGUUUCUUUCCACAGAACUAUGGUAUGAGCUUACAAUAGAUGGACUAAACCAAAACUGUAUAUUUUUACAAUGGUAAAAACUGAACUGUCACAGAAACGAUGUUGUACAUCAUCUGUCUAAAAAGCAAAGAUUUCUAUGUGUUGAGCUGAGAUCUGGUGUUUAGACUUCGACUGUGGAAACUGGACAAUUAGAUAAUUUAAUCAUCUAUGUCAUAAGAAAGAAAAUGAAUUAAAAAACAUUGUUAUUGUCCCUUUUGUUGUGAAAUGUUUAAAGAUUAAAUAAAAGAUAUUGAUUUUUGCAAAA